AACAUCAGCGGCUGCCGCCUGAGCGCCGAGCGGCGGCGCUACGCCGAGGCCGGGGCCGUGCUCUUCCACCACCGCGACCUGGUGCGGCACGGGCGCGGGCAGCUGCCCCCCGGCGCCCCGCAGCGCCCCCCGGGGCAGCGCUGGGUCUGGAUGAACUUCGAGUCGCCCUCGCACUCGCCCGGGCUGCGCGGCUGGGGCGGGCUCUUCAACUGGACCAUGUCCUACCGCCUGGACUCCGACGUCUUCGUGCCCUACGGGGCGCUGCGGGCCGCGCGGGCGCCGGGGCGCCUGGUCCUGCCGCGCAAGACCAAGCUGGUGGCCUGGGUCAUCAGCCACUGGAACGAGGAGCACGCGCGGGUGCGCUACUACCGCCAGCUGCAGAAGUACCUGCCCGUGGACGUGUACGGGGCGCAGGGCCUGGCGCUGAAGGAGGGCGGCGUGGUGCGGACGGUGUCGGAGUACAAGUUCUACCUGGCCUUCGAGAACUCGCAGCACACCGACUACAUCACUGAGAAGCUGUGGAGAAAUGCCUUCAAGGCCGGCGCCGUGCCCGUUGUGCUGGGCCCCCGGCGGGCCAACUACGAGCUCUUCGUCCCCCCCAACUCCUUCAUCCACGUCGACGACUUCUCCAGCCCCCGGAAGCUGGCUGUCUACCUGAGGUUCCUCGACAGAAACCCGCGGAGCUACAGACGGUAUUUUGCCUGGCGUGAGAAGUAUGACGUGCACGUCGCAUCGUUCUGGGACGAGCACUACUGCCGGGCUUGCGAGGCCCUCCAGGCGGCUGGCGAUGACCAGGUCAAGUCUGUGCAAAACCUGGCUGGCUGGUUUGAAAGCUGAUGGCUUUGGGUGGGGAAGCUCGCUUGGCCAGCUUCUCCCAAAGCCCGGCUUAAAGGGGGUGGCAUCUCUCAGGCGUUAGAGACCCUGGCAAAAACUAGGGACCGUGGAAAUUGCUGGGGAGGAGAGUAGGCCAGCAAGCUCUUGGAGCUCUAGGGUUGCCUUGUGAGUUGCCAUUGCCGGGCUGUGACAGCCCCAGCACUUCCUCCAGUCCAGCGUUUGCCUGGACAUGAACUCCCCUGGGUGUCCCAAGCUGAAACCAUAAUUGUUGCACAGAUCAACACAAAUAAACUGUGCCAAUUCUAUAGCCAUACAGCUGUAACCAAUUUUCUCCGUUACUGCCAUUCCCAGGAUGAUGAAACUUCCUUAUGCUUCAAGGAGAUACAGGAUCAGUGCUGGCACUUUGUAUUUUUAUUCCCUUUUGAGAACGUAUUUGCCUGCUACACAGAGGCACAUUUAUUUAAAGGCAGUCAUUGAGCAUACAAAACACUUUCACAGACAAAUCAUGAGCCUCAAGCUUGGAAUUGGCAUGAUCCACCAGUAUGCUGUUGGCACUUCCCGGCAGUGUUUUAAAUUGCAAUAGCUAAAAAUGCAGCGAGCGAAUGCAAACAUUUGACCAUGUACCCUAAGAAUUUCAGCAAGCCGAGGCACAAGCGCAUGGAAAGGAACGGGUGCGAGUAGAAUAUCCACCUUUUACACAACGUUACUUGAAGCAUUUCCUUCGUUGCUUGUUGAAAUCAAGGGGAUGAAGGUUAAGAAGAAGACAUCUAGGAACAGGAAAAGAAGGAAUGUAAAAACAAUGUUGGAACACUUCUAUUUUUGCUUUAUUCAGAAAUGUGUUUACAGGAGCCUGCAUGGUUUUCCCUGGCAACCUACUGCCACAUAGAGAACAGCAGGGGCAGGGUUAGAGCUCUACAGCUCCCUAUGGAAGUUCUCAGACUACAUCCAAUGUAUUUAUGAAAAGAUUAAUUUAUUUCUAUAUCAUCAUGAGAAAUUUUUAUCAGAUAAUAAUCGUAGCUUGCAACAUGCAUUUUCAUGGAGAAUCAUAGAUUUUAAAACAUUUUAUGAGGUGAUAGAUAAUGUGGUACGCUGCUUUGCAGGCUGUAAAAACAGUUACCUUUCCUGUUAGAAUAACAUAGCUUAGAUGGUUUUCUGCAAUUGUUUUAAAGUAUUGGAUGGUACCAGGAACAAAUGCAAAUAGGUGAGGACAUCUUUCUAAUAUUUAUUGAGUUUAUUUGUUUUCUGAUGCUUUUAUUCUCCAUUUUUGUUUUCUAUGAGGUGGGUAUGUAUUUUUUUUGCCCAGGUAGAAUGAAGUCCCUAUAAUCAGAAGUUUUUCAGUCCAUGCCUGUAAGGGCAUGUCUCCAUGACACUUUGCAGUGCUGUGCGGAGGUAAUUGAGCUAGCUUUGAACCAUUUAGUCUAUAUACAUAAAAAAGUGUGUUAGCAUAGAACUUUUCCUGGCCUAUUUGUCCUUCUGAGAAGUUGUUAGGCAUACAAAUGGUGGGUCCCAGCACUUCCAGGCAAUUAUUCCACUUUGCCUGACUGAGAUCUUUGCUUUUAGUAGUCACUGGUUGCUACUUCCUAGUUCCUGCCACCUAUGGUGUCUUCACAGCUUUACACUAACCCUAAGGAACUUCUGGGGACUUGAACCCCAUUGCACCCUAUUAGCACAUACCAAUGUCUAACUAUGGGCCUCAUCCUGUUCCUGUUAUGUCCGUGACUUCAGUCCAGGGGAAAGCGUGGAGCUCCAAAGGAAAAGAGAGGGGAGCAAGACUCUCAUUUGCAAAUAUUUGAGGUACCAGGACAGGUAAGUUUACCAGCAUUGGGAACCAGUGUUGAGAAGGGUAAGCAGUAAACCAUAGUCAAGUUGCUAGCCUUAUGAUUUAUUUAUUGUCAGUACAUUAUACCAAGUCUUAAAUCAGAGCAGCGUCCCAGUGGCUAGAGUGAUGGUGAAUUCAAACUUCUGUACAUUG